AUGGACAGUGCAGCCCCCGAGUUAGGGCGUCCCGAUUCGUCGCUCUCGAAAGAGACGACGCCGAUCAAAUUGGAACCAUGCCGGUACAGCAAUACUAACCAGUUGUCAGCGACGACACCAGGUCUCCCCACAUCCCCAACUCAGACGGAUUCUCAAGCUGAGGAGCCAUCCAAGGAAGUCCCUUGCGCCAACACCAAGCAACGCCGACUCAUCAAGUACUGGAUUCUCUCCUCCAUCGCAUUCUGCAUCAUUGCGCCUUUGAUAUCCAUUCUUCUCGGCUUUUUCUUACACACAAAGGGGCUCAGUUAUAUCCCUCCUUCGGGUGGCUUUGCAGGGAGGAAUUUGUCGAUCAGCGCGUUCCUUGUCUCAGCAGAUCCUACAUCAUCAAUUAUAACUUUCGAUUGGGGUGUGGACUCUGAUACAUGUGUAAGAGACUCCAAGGCCGUUGGCGAAUGCACCGAUGUUAGUAUUUUCUUCGACAAUAACCUUUUGGACAAUUCAGACGACAUCGGUAAUGGAGUACCUAGCAGUGACGUUCCCUCGACACCGUUAUUUCGCUUCAACGCUACUGCCUCUUCGUCGGACUUUAGAUCCAAUACGCCCACCUUCCGAACUAAUAUUCGGUUAUUUCAAUCCGGAUCGCCUCGCCGCCUCUCCCUGGUAAAUUACCCAUUCGAUACCUAUGCUGCCAACAUAUUCAUGUAUGCACAAGAUAGUAACAACAAAUCAGUAAAUCUCCAUCUCGACGUUGUGGGGGGUACUGCUGUCGGUUUUACAGCAUCCUUGCUGUAUAUUGACCAAUCCAACUUUGGGUUGGAUGCGGAGAUCAUUGCGACAGAAAUCAGCGUUCGGCGGGGUGCCCUGAUUAUCGCAUUCUGCAUCAUCAUCACCAUUGCGAUCUGGAUUAUCACACUGGCGUUAUUCCUUCUUUCGUUUACUGCUGUUGUGUUUGGUUUCCGUCAGCGUACGGAAGUCUUGAUUAUUCCCGUCGCCACUGUGUUUGCCUUUACCCAGCUGCGUGCCAGCAUGCCAGGCGCCCCACCCGGUUUCGACUUUGUCGGCCUUUUACCAUGCCUCGGGAUUCUCAGCUUCUCAUGCGCUUUGACGCUGGGAGCGUUGUUGAUCACAGACCCCACGCAAAAAGAAGAACUAACCUGGAAAAUGGUCAAGCCGGAAAUUUUGCCUGCUCUUGGGAUCAAGAAGAGAGCCAGUUACAAUUCCUCAGGAGGGAAUAGCUCAGGUGUAGAGAGUGUAAGCACUGCCUGA